CGUUGUGAAUGCGCAGGCGCCAGAGAUGCGAUCAAUCUGAGCAAAAGUUCUCAUGACGCGGUAGCAGAGACAGCUGGAAAAUAUCUCAGUUUUUUGCAGCGAAAAUGGCAGUAGAGAAGCGCUUGGCAUUCUCUAUUGUGCAGUUCCUGCGAGAUCAAAUGCACUGUGGUGCUUUGAAUUCCGAUGAGCAGGAAAGCCUCGAAGUUGCAAUACAAUGUUUGGAGACCACCUUCAAGAUCAACUCCAGUGACUGUCAUCUCACAGCACCACAACCUCUCACUGAAAUAUUCCUAAAUUCUCUCCUCAAGAAUGAUCAGAAUAACCCGGCGCCACCAGAGACGUCCCCAUCACCAGAAGACACAGAGAGAGCAGAACAACUGAAGAAUGAAGGGAAUAAUCACAUGAAAGAGGAGAACUACAGCUGUGCGGUGGAAUGCUACUCAAAAGCCAUUGAUCUGGACCUCCGAAACGCUGUCUACUACUGCAACAGGGCUGCAGCCCACAGUAAACUGGGGAACUACACAGAAGCAACGGGGGACUGUGAGAGGGCCAUAGGGAUCGACCCCAGCUACAGUAAAGCCUAUGGGAGAAUGGGAUUGGCAUUUACUGCUAUAAAUAAAUACCCAGAGGCCAUUUCCUACUUUAAGAAAGCUCUGGUGUUAGAUCCAGAGAACGACACCUACAAAUCCAACCUGAAGAUUGUUGAGCAGAAGCAAAAAGAGGCAGCCAGUCCUACAGCUACAGGACUGGGAUUUGACAUGGCCAGCCUCAUCAACAACCCUGCCUUCAUCAGCAUGGCCGCCAGUGUGAUGCAGAACCAGCAAGUGCAACAGCUGACCCGUAAUAUGUCAGGGAUGAUGUCCAAUGCAGUGGGGGGUCCAGCAGCAGGAGUGGGGGGACUGUCGGACAUCUCCAGCCUGAUUGAAGCCGGUCAGCAGUUUGCCCAGCAGAUCCAGCAGCAGAACCCAGAGCUGAUCGAACAGCUGAGGAACCACAUCCGCAGCCGGUCCUUCAGUGGCAACGCUGAGGAGCACUCGUGAUCCACACAGGUCUGUGUACUACAACACAGAGGUUAGGGCUCGCUCUUAGGAUGCAUCUCCAUAGUCUAAAGAGGCUUCCUCCCCUUCAUGUGCUCUAAUGGAAUGGUGAGAAUUAACAUGGAGAAUGCGGUGGAUUUGCUUUCACCUGUCCAGUUAUAUCAUAGCAGAGACCUAACAUUUGAUUGUACAUGUGCGCUUUUGUUUUACCGGCAAUAGAUGGUUAUUAAUUACUUAAACUGUUAUUACCAUGUUCUUACACAGGGUGAAAAGGACAUUUGAAUGCAUAUAAAUGUUUCUUACCUUCAGCGUAAGUUUCAAUAAAGGAAGGGCAACCAUAUGACGUGAUUACACCCGUUCCUUAAACUUACAUCACCGGCAGAGCUGGAAUGAAGAGACAUAUGUGGAUGAUGCCACUUUACUAUGACUGGAUCUUCAGAGAGGAGAGGAAAGAGGAGAAACAUUUUACAACCCAAUCAGGAGAAAGAAUAUCCAACACAUUCUAUGCACACUGAACAUACAGUUGAAGUCGGAAGUUUACAUACACCUUAGCCAAAUACAUUUAAACUCAGUUUUUCACAAUUCC